AUGACGCUGCACCUGAACUUCCCCCACCACCGCCACCACCACGCCAGCAGCAGCAGCAAUGCGACCGAGCAAGCACACGAAGUGCGCGAAGCGCGGAGGUUUUUGAAAGAGCGCGUGCGCAAUGAUUGGGAGUAUCCUACGCUGCCCGCGUGGCGGUCGAGUGGGAGCACGUACAAGUUCGAGGCGCCGGAUAGUGUAGGGACGCAGCUGAGCGAGCGGAGGGUGAAGAAGAAGCGGAAGAGGUUCGUAGCGCUGGAGCGCGAGAUGGAGUGGAAUGACGGGUUGGCGCAUUGGAUGCGGAGGCGGGAUGCGUGCCCAUCUACUACCCCCGACCUCGCCGCCAUCAGCACCACCACCUCAACACCAACAACCACAACGCAAAUAAUCCUCUCCCCCACCGAACUCCUCCUCCCCAUCGCCCCACCCCUCCUCCCCAACCACCCCGUCCGCCGCAAAAUCACCCCCAACAUGUACCCGGAGAUCUACACCAAAAUCAUUCUGCAAUCGCGCACGCCCUCGGUGCCCAUCAACCUCCGGACGUUGGUGCACGCUCUGGUGCAAGGCUGGAAGACGGAUGGCGAGUGGCCGCCGAAAGCCGCGCCGCUGGAGAAGAGUAUUGGGAGGAAGAGGGGCAGUCAUUCGAGUGGGUUGAGGGAGGGGGUCAAGGCUGUUGGGAGGGUUUUGAGGCUUACGGGGACGGGGACGGGGGAGGUGGGGAGGGGGGAGUCGUGA